AUUCGGUGUGUGCACUACACGGCAUGAGGGAAAGUUGGCGAGCAGCAGUAGACGGGCAGCAGUAGCACAUCAUCCAAUGCUAUCCGGGUAUCAGAGAGACUGUCUUUCUUUCUUUUCUGGCUCUGCUAUCACCAAAUCCUCCAAGUCAUGACUAGAUAGGAAGACUCCAGUUUAGUUUUCUCUCAGACGAAGAAGAACCCUCUGGUCCUCCUCCGAAAAAAGCCAAUUCAAGCAAUGCUUCAAACUCUUCGACUUAAAAGAAGAAGAAAAGUGGUGAAAGCAUUUUCUAUCCCAUCCAUAAAGAAAACCCCAGUGUCAAUCAAGUCAAACCAACUCUGGCUUAUGUGGGAUAAAUUAUUCAUUUCAUUUCCAGAGUUGAAUUGAUAUUUAAACAAGUGGAAAUUGGACAGAUAACAUAAAUAGAAUAGAUAAAUGUCAUUUUAUAAAACUUUUCGCAAACGUAUGAACAGACUUCAACUAAAUUUCCGUCUUUUAGCAACAUAAAUAAUUUUAAUAUACGUCAAGUGAUAAAAUAUAAAGUGCAUACAUAUUUAAGAAAUUUAAAUAAAUUUAGAGCAUGCAGUAUAAAGCCGAUAAUAAUUAAGGUUAAAAAAUUAUGCAAUUAAUCACAUAAAAUAAUUAAGACACAUUUAACAAGUUUAAUCAUACGAACUGCAACUGCAUAUUACUUUAAGUUACUUAUUACAAACUUGAUUUGUUUGUGAUCUUCAUUAUAAAAAUAUUAAUUUUCCAUGAAGCCUCUAAAUCUGUGCAAGUAUUAAAUUUUAAAAAAAGUACUUACCAGCAACCAAGCGAUGCAAUGCACUAGCUCAGUAAAAAUAACAAUAAAAUAAUAAUUGCAAGUUGACACAAAUUGUAUUAAAAUAUAGCUCUUCAGCAAAUACAAGUACACAUUAUUCCAUCGCUCAAAAGUGAUACAAGCUUAUUAAGUAUUCGACUAUUUACACAGUAUUUAUUAUCCGCACAGACACAGCCACAUUCGGUUUACAUACAUACAUAAAUUCAGUGCAAAAUUUAUUUGCCACCGAAUUAAACAACCCUAGCAAGACUAGGCAGUUAAGUUAAGCAGAGUAGAAAGUUAGUAUUAUUAUUGCUUCCUGUCGAAACGUAGAAAUAAUAAUAGUUUAUAGAAAUCGGCAAGUUAUACACAGUAUUUUGAAGAAAACGAUAAUUUAAUGCGAAAUUCAAUUUGAAUUGACAGUGGCUUCUCAAUUCUUGACUUAACAGUGUUGACAUUUCCACAAUCAAUCGACGACGAUUAAGUACUUACUACAGCUACCCGAUAUAAAUGUAAAAAGCUUAUUGAAAUGUAACCAAACUUAACCGAUCUCUCCAUUAGGAACAACGCCAAUAAAGUAUUUUAGGUUUUUUGGGGACGAUAUAUAACAAGUGUUGUGAAUAAAAUUUGUGAUUACAGCUUUCUCCUCAAAAACCAAACCAAAGUAAAGACGUACAUACAUUCCAUUGAAAUCAGUAUUUACCAAAACAUCAAAUCAAGACAUUCCAACAUCUGUAUAAAAAAGAGUGAUUAAUUAAACUUUGCAAUAAAAACUACCAAAAUUACUGUCCAGUCUUUAAAAUAAGUGGUCGUAAGGACGUAAAGUUUGUGAUUUUGACGAGAAAGAAUACGAAUUCCGUUUAGGACUGACGAGCAGAAGGGAAUUCGAUUUAGUUCAAGUGACAAAUGAACGUAGUCCAUGUGUAAGCUUAACUUAAUGGUUACAUUUAUUGCCAUGUCCGGUGAAAGUUGUUGGCGGAGGAAUGGCUUCUCAAUUAAUAUUUAAUCCCAUCCUCCUCUGAACUCAUACCCACCUCGUCCCCACUACAGAGAGGACUACAGAACUAGCACUGCUUCAAUAACGAUAUAGCAAAGCAAAGGCGAGGAGAUCGAAGUAAGCAGCAAACACUUUCGAGCCAACGUAACGUUGCCAUUAGAAUACGGGAAUUUCAGUGCAAAGUGAUUUCAAACAGCCAUCCACAUGAUGAUCGCACACAUGAUAACCAUCAGUGGCAGUUUCUCCUAAGCUUCUAUUCUUCCCGUGCUGUUUGAGCCUGUUCUUUCGGUAAAACAAUAACACGCCAACAUGAACACCGCAGAGACAACGAAACCAGACCCGACCCCGAUGGAGACGGUCUCAGUUCAAACCUGCUCCUCCGAUGAGCUGGUGACCAAAACUCGGACGGCAACGGCAUCCAUCCAAACCACCACCGAAGAACCAACAACAUCCUCAGAAUCUGGAGAAGCAAAUCCUCCUCACCCAACUGCUUCCACCGAGCUCGCCAAGUUGGCACUGAUGGAUAAGUCCAACCUCAAAUUCGCUGUCCUUAUCGGACUCAUAGAAGUAGGCCAAGUGACUAACAAGGAGGUUGUAAACACCGUUCUUCAACUGCUGGUGGGAGGAGAAUUCGACAUGGAGCUGAAUUUCGUGAUCCAGGACGCCCAGAAUAUAAAGCACAUGUUGGAAAUGCUAGACCAUUGCCCUCCUCAUCUCCAGGCCGAAAUUUGGAGCGUGUUUAUUGCAAUUCUUCGAAAGAGUGUACGAAACCUACAAGCUUGCACCGAAGUUGGAUUGAUCGAGCACAUUUUGCAUCGUCUCCCCCACGCAGAGCCGGUUGUUGCAGACUUACUGAUUGAAAUGCUGGGAGUGUUGGCCAGCUACAGCAUCACCGUCAAGGAGCUUAAGCUGCUCUUUGGGUCCAUGAAGACCGUGGACCGACGCUGGCCCCGUCACUCGGCCAAGUUAUUGAGUGUCCUUCGUCAAAUGCCACAAAGAACGGGUCCUGAUGUGUUCUUCAGCUUUCCCGGAAAGAAAGGCUCGGCUGUUCUGCUCCCUCCAUUGGCCCGAUGGCCAUAUGAAAAUGGUUUCACAUUCAUGACAUGGUUCCGUCUUGAUCCUAUCAACUCCGUCAAUAUUGAACGAGAAAAGCCCUAUCUCUACUGUUUCAAAACGAGUAAAGGUGUGGGAUAUUCUGCUCAUUUUGUGGGAAAUUGUUUGGUGCUUACAUCCAUGAAGGUGAAAGGCAAAGGGUUCCAACACUGUGUCAAGUACGAGUUCCAGCCUCGCAAGUGGUACAUGAUCUGCGUCGUCUAUAUCUACAACAGAUGGACCAAGAACGAGAUAAAGUGUUUCGUGAACUGCCAACUAGCCAGUUCUACGGAGAUGUCGUGGUUCGUCUCGUCAAAUGAGCCCUUUGACAAAUGUUACAUCGGAGCUACACCAGAUUUGGAUGAAGAGCGAGUAUUUUGUGGUCAAAUGUCUGCCGUCUACCUUUUUGGCGAAUCUCUGACCCCGCAUCAAAUCUGUGCCAUGCAUCGACUCGGUCCAGGAUACAAGAAUCAAUUCAGGUUUGAAAACGAGUGCCAUAUGCAACUUCCGGAUAAUCAUCGCAGAGUACUAUACGACGGUAAACUGUCAUCGUCUCUGGUCUUCAUGUACAACCCAGUUGCCACAGAUAGCCAAUUGUGUCUUCAGUCAUGUCCCAAAGGAAACAUUUCUUAUUUCGUCCAUACGCCUCACGCGCUCAUGCUUCAGGAUGUCAAAGCUGUGAUCACGCAUUCCAUUCACAGUACGCUCAACUCCAUCGGAGGAAUCCAAGUGUUGUUCCCUCUCUUCGCACAGUUGGACCUCCAUCACGACGGCUCGGAUAACAAAGAUCCAUCACUUUGCUCGAAAUUGCUGGAGUUCAUCUGCGAGCUGGUGGAGUCGUCACCAACGGUGCAGCAGCACAUGAUUCAAAACCGCGGGUUCCUAGUCAUCAGCUACUUGCUCCAGCGAGCGUCCAGAGAGCAUCUCACUAUUCAAGUGUUGUCGUCUUUCCUUCAACUCACCAAAUACCUGGUUACCUGCUGUCCAAAUGCCAACAGCGAACUACUCCUUAAACAACUGUUGGACCACAUCCUGUUCAAUCCAGCCCUGUGGAUCUAUACCCCUGUGCAAGUGCAAAUGAAGCUGUACUCUUACCUGGCCACCGAGUUCCUUGCAGAUACACAAAUCUACUCCAAUGUACGACGCAUUAGCACCGUUCUCCAGACUAUGCACACCCUAAAAUACUAUUACUGGGUUGCAAACCCCAAGGACAAGUCAGGCAUCGCUCCCAAAGGUCUCGAUGGUCCACGUCCUGCCGAUGACAUCAUUGCAAUACGAGCUUAUAUUCUCCUUUUUCUCAAACAACUAAUCCUUAUCGGCAAUGGCGUCAAGGAAGAUGAGCUCCAGAGCAUUCUAAAUUAUCUAUCGACGGUGAAUGAGGAUGACAAUCUCCACGAUGUUCUGCAAAUGUUGAUCUCCUUGAUGUCGGAACAUCCGUCGUCACUUGUCCCAGCCUUUGAUGCCAAAAACGGAGUGCGUGCUGUGUUCAAACUUCUCUCCUCAGAGUCUCAACUCAUUCGUCUACAGGCGUUGAAACUUCUUGGGUUUUUCCUCUGUCGGAGCACCCACAAGAGAAAGUACGACGUGAUGAGUCCUCACAACUUGUACACGCUCCUCGCCGAACGACUCCUUGUUCACGAAGAGUCCCUCAGUCUUCCAACCUACAACGUGCUAUAUGAGAUUCUUACGGAACAUAUAAGUCAACAGAUAUUGUAUUCCAAGCACACCGAACCAGAGUCAAACUACAGGUUGGAGAAUCCAAUGAUUCUGAAAGUGGUUGCGACGCUGAUACGACAAUCCAAACAGACUGAAGUACUUCUGGAUGUUAAAAAGCUCUUUCUCUCGGACAUGACACUUCUGUGCAAUCAUAAUCGUGAAAACCGUCGAACAGUUUUGCAAAUGUCUGUCUGGCAGGAAUGGCUCAUUUCUCUGGCGUACAUUCAUCCCAAGAAUAUUGAGGAGCAAAAGAUUUCCGACAUGGUUUACUCCCUGUUUCGUAUGCUGCUUCAUCACGCCAUAAAGUACGAGUAUGGAGGUUGGAGAGUAUGGGUAGAUACGCUAGCAAUCGUUCAUUCUAAAGUGUCCUAUGAAGAGUUUCGUUUACAAUUCACGCAAAUGUAUGAACAUUAUGAGCGCCGACAAACGGAUAAUAUUACUGACCCAGCCGUCCGUCAGCAACGUCCAAUAAGUACCAUUUCUGGGUGGGAUCAGCCGCCCAUAAACGAAUUUGAAUCCGGAGAAGACGUCGUCGGCACAAUUACGGUGACCGAUGUAACGAAUGACCUUUCGGGCAACGAGGCAGAAGAGGAGCUCACCGAAACUGCUGAUGAAGAAAACAAAUCUGGCACUGAGACAGAGGAUCGGGAAAUUAAGUCCGAUGAAUUCGAUUCUGCUGAUGAAGCAACCACGGAAAAAGUAGUAACCAAACCAACCAUCCCAUUGGCAGAGGAUGAGGAGGCAACAGCAGUGGUGGUGGGAGAAAGUAGUCCGUUUAAAGAAAAACUUGAUAAAAAUAUUUCCAAAGAAGGGGAUGCAGAAGGCGAGAGGGAGGAGGAAGAGGAAGAGGAUAAAAAUAUACAAGACUGUGAUACUACUAAGGAAAGCAAAAUUAUUUCAGACCCCGAGAACCCUCUCCCCCUGAAUAUUGUAGGUUGUAAGGAUGGUGAUGAUGAUAAGACAACUAGCGUAAACUGUGUGGAAGAGGAACCUGAAAAUGACACUUGCUCAACGGAACCAGAGAUGCCAAAUAAUUCUGAGAAUGAUAUAGACUUUGAGAAAAAUUCUUCUUCAGUCCCAUAUUCCCCAGUCAAGAACGGAAUCAAUGGAAAGUCAAGCACCGAACCGGAAGAUGAUGAAGGUGACUCGGGAUUUUGCAAGUCGAAAUCUUCCAAAAUUGAGUCAAAUGAGGCAGCUUUGACAAAUGGUGGUUUGUCGCCAGAGAAAAAGUUGGAUGGCUCCGGUAAAGCCUUAUCGGAAAGUCAAGAUGAGACGUCUGAGGCAUCCGUUGCCUCCUCCCCUGCAAAAGAGUUUACUUCAAAUUGUUUAGGAAGUGACGAUGAGACGACUGGAACUAAGCCAGUCGUUGGUCCAGAAACGGAAGACGAUGAUGAAGAAAUGGAUAAUCAACCACUUUCACCAUCUGUACCAGAGGUAGAAAUUAUACAGGAAAAUGGUAUUCCUCAUUCUCCACAUUCGCCCUGUGACGACAAUGUAAUUCACCACGUGGGUUCUCAGCAAGAUGGUUCCACGUUGGUUUCUUUGGACAAGAUGGAGUGGAUCAAUCCAGAUGAGUCUAAAAUGUCAAAGUCUCCCAAACGUAGUCCUAUUAACUCGUCCAAGGCUGAAGAAAUCUUGUCCGUCGCAGUUAACACGGAGGUGAUUAGUGGUGUUGACGACUCUGUUGGUGGCGACAAGGAACGAAGGUCUGCAGCAGAAGUUCUUGAUGACGAAGAUGAGCUAGAAACUAAACGAAGUUCUACUGCAGCCCAAACCCAAACCAAUGAAGAAGGUGGUGGUUCAGGUGAAAGGAGAAAAUCUGCUACAUUCCAUCACGGAGGUCGUCAUUUAUUUAAUCCAGGACCGUCUCACCCUCCAUUUAGAAUUCCGGAAUUUAAAUGGUCCUACAUUCAUCAAAGACUUCUUUCCGAUGUGCUCUUUUCUCUCGAGACGGACAUACAAGUGUGGAGAAGUCACUCCACGAAAUCUGUCCUGGAUUUUGUGAACACUGGAGAAAACACCAUCUUUGUGGUCAACACGGUCCAUUUGAUUUCCCAAUUGGCGGAUAACUUGAUAAUCGCGUGUGGUGGGCUUCUUCCUUUACUGGCGUCUGCCACAUCUCCAAACAGUGAUUUGGACGUAAUUGAACCAACGCAAGGGAUGCCGAUUGAAGUCGCAGUAUCUUUCCUGCAGCGAUUAGUGAACAUGGCGGACGUUCUGAUAUUUGCGAGCUCCCUGAAUUUUAAUGAACUUGAGUCAGAGAAAAAUAUGUCCAACGGAGGAAUUUUACGACAAUGUCUCAGACUUGUGUGUACGAGUGCCGUCCGAAAUUGUCUGGAGUGUAAGGAGCGCCUUAGAAUUCAACAAACUGGAGGAUACUGCGGUGGUAAUGGGUCCACAAUACCCGCAAAAGUGGCCCAUCUCCAUUCGUUGAUCCGAGGAGCCCAAGCAUCCCCAAAGAACAUUGUUGAAAAUCUGGCAACUCAAAAUAGUCCUGUUAAAGAUCCUGAAAAGUUGCUACAGGACAUGGAUGUUAACCGACUCAGAGCAGUGAUUUAUCGUGAUAUUGAGGAAACAAAGCAAGCUCAAUUUCUUUCGUUGGCAAUCGUAUAUUUCAUUUCCGUUUUGAUGGUUUCAAAGUAUCGAGACAUUUUAGAGCCUACGCCAACGCCAUCGUCAAGUCCAGUACCCCAAAUGACGGACUCCUCCUGUCCUUCAGGGUCGCACCCCAUAACGAACGGGACCUCGUCGUCCAUUCUUUCUGUGCGGAGCACUAAAUAUGGUUCCCAGCGACCUUUAUACCCAAAGUGGACAAAUCACAUUUUUCCACAGUAUCUCCCGACAUUAACUCAGUCUCCUCCUUCAUUCUCUUCCUCCUCUGCAACUGUCUUGUCUCAUAAAUUGUCUUCACAAGCCGAGGAUGAAAAUGGGCGAAAUUCACUGGAAAAUCACACUGAUGUCGACCCACACAACCUUCUCAAAGGUUCUGGGCAUUCCAAUACUGACCACGAAUCUGCGGAUGAGGGAAGCAUAAGUGGAUCGUCGGCAAAGACCGAGACCAAAGAGCAUAGCGGUGGAGAAGAGCCCUCAAAGUCUCCUAACAUUACUUUAAAGAGUGAUGAUCCAAUGAGUGACGUCUCCUCCCAGAAGUCUAUUGAGGACAUGAAUAAUCCAGGCUUCACUGGAAAUGAGACAACUGACGAAAAGAAAGCAGAGGACAGUUGGACGGAUGUCAGCUUAAAUGAUGACAGUGAAACCAAUCUGAAAAAAACCGAAGAGAAAGAUGGGAUGGACCGUGGCGAAAAACCACAAGCUCAAAUUAGUGUCGUAAGUGGUUCACCAAUGCACAAUUCUGGGAGUAACGCGUCCACAUCUGUAGUGCCCAAAGCUGAAGAGCUAAACAUUAAACCGUUGAUGUCCACCGAAGGAUUUCCCCUUCCAACGCCUGCUCGAGAGUCGAAUUUAACCCAAAAGUUAGAAGCCGCACUUGGCUCAGUUUGUCCACUACUGAGAGAAAUCAUGGUCGAUUUUGCUCCAUUUUUGUCAAAAACUCUUCUGGGUUCCCACGGGCAGGAAUUAUUGUCUGAGGGUCUUACAACUUUUAAGCAUAGUACAUCCGUUGUGGAGUUGGUCAUGCUGCUUUGUUCUCAAGAAUGGCAGAAUUCGCUACAAAAACAUGCCGGCUUAGCCUUCAUUGAGUUGAUCAACGAAGGGAGGCUGCUGUCGCAUGCCAUGAAGGACCACAUUGUCCGAGUUGCCAAUGAAGCCGAAUUCAUUUUGAAUAGAAUGAGAGCAGAUGACGUUUUGAAGCACGCAGAAUUUGAACAAACAUUAUGCAACCAGACAUUGAUGGAACGGAAGGAGGAGGAGAAAAUGUGUGACCAUUUGAUCACUGCUGCCCGACGAAGGGACAAUGUCAUUGCGGCCAAAGUUCUUGAAAAGACAAUAAAUAUAAUUUCUAAUAAACAUGGAGCUUGGGGAUAUGAUCAAAAUACAGAGCAUGUGGUCGAAUUCUGGAAACUUGACGCAUGGGAAGAUGAUGCUCGACGUAGAAAACGCUUUGUUCGUAACCCAUACGGGUCUAGUCAUCCUGAAGCAACUUUAAAGGCAGCUUUAGAACACGGCCUUCCGGAAGAUGCAAUCCUACAGGCAAAAGAAGAGUUCCACACACAUUUGGCCGCUAACAGAUCACAGCAACCUAUUCAGUCCAAUGACUUGAUGGAUGACAAUGAACUCCUCUCUGACGACAGGGAAUUGGAUCUAGAUUUAGUUGGCCCAGUAAAUAUUAGUACCAAAGCUCGACUUAUAUCUCCUGGCGUUGUUUCUCCCGGAAUUGUCUCCAUUACUUCGAACGAAUUAUACUUUGAAGUUGAUGAAGAUGAUGACGAAUUCAAGAAAAUAGAUGCCGAGGUUUUGAAGUAUUGCGACCAUCUUCACGGAAAGUGGUACUUUAGUGAAAUCCGAGCCAUUUUCUCGAGACACUACCUUCUCCAAAAUGUAGCAAUUGAGAUCUUUCUCGCCAGCCGAACCUCGGUGAUGUUUGCCUUUCCGGAUCAGGCCACUGUGAAGAAAGUGAUCAAAGCAUUGCCACGAGUGGGUGUGGGAAUCAAAUAUGGGAUCCCACAGACCAGACGGGCUUCGAUGAUGUCUCCGAGGCAGUUGAUGAGGGCUUCCAACAUGACGCAGAAAUGGCAGCGGAGAGAAAUUUCCAACUUUGAAUACUUGAUGUUUCUGAACACAAUUGCGGGUCGAACCUACAAUGACCUCAACCAAUACCCCGUGUUCCCCUGGAUUCUAACCAACUACGAGUCCAAGGAUCUGGACCUUGGUUUGUCCAGCAAUUACCGGGACUUGUCCAAGCCCAUCGGAGCUUUAAAUCCAUCCCGACGGGCGUAUUUCGAAGAACGGUACAACACUUGGGAGCAUGAGAGCAUCCCAGCUUUUCACUACGGUUCCCACUAUUCCACAGCUGCUUUUACUCUCAACUGGUUACUUAGACUGGAACCAUUUACGACCAUGUUCCUUGCCCUCCAGAGUGGAAAAUUUGACCAUCCGAACCGACUGUUCUCUGAGAUUUCCCUUUCUUGGAAAAACUGUCAAAGGGACACUUCCGAUGUCAAAGAACUAAUUCCGGAGCUGUUUUAUCUACCUGAAAUGUUUGUGAACAAUCAUCACUAUAAAUUGGGAGCUCAGGAAGAUGGGAAUACGGUUGAUGAUAUCGAACUUCCGCCUUGGGCAUCAACUCCGGAAGAGUUUGUUCGUAUUCACCGUAUGGCUCUCGAGUCAGAAAUCGUCUCAUGCCAAUUACACCAAUGGAUAGAUCUUAUUUUCGGAUUUCGACAACGAGGACCGGAAGCAAUCAGGGCGACGAAUGUUUUCUACUAUCUCACUUACGAAGGAAGCGUGGAUUUGGAGUCGAUCCAUGACCCAGUAAUGUUGGAGGCUAUUGAGAAUCAAAUUAGAAGCUUUGGACAAACACCUUCCCAACUAUUGAUGGAACCACAUCCCCCAAGGAGUUCUGCAAUGCAUUUGUCGCCGAUGAUGUUUUCCACCGUGCCAGACGACAUUUGCAUGGUCAUGAAGUUUAUGUCCAAUUCUCCAAUUUGCCACAUUUCUGCAAACACGUACCCACAGCUUCCUCAGCCCUCCGUGGUCACUGUGACUGCGAGCCAAAAUUUCGCCGUUAAUCGCUGGAAUACAUCUUAUUCUGCCUCAAUGCACUCGCCAAGUUUUGCUGAAACUACAAAUAACUUAACUGCGAACUUGCCUUUGAUAAUGGACCCUGCUCUGGCUCAAGUGAACAAUCAUCUCCCCAAAAGGCACUUGGGGGAUAAUUUUAGCCAAAAAGUGAAAAUGAGAGCGAAUUGUUUCGUCACAACUGUGGAUUCUAAGUUCCUGAUCGCAUGUGGAUUUUGGGAUCACAGCUUCCGAGUCUUUUCCACAGAGACUGCAAAAAUCGUCCAAAUAAUUUUUGGCCAUUACGGAGUAGUCACCUGCUUGGGGCGUUCCGAAUGCAACAUUACCUCGGACUGUUACAUUGCAUCAGGGUCCACCGACUGCACCGUCCUCCUCUGGCACUGGAAUGCGAGGUGUCAAGCCAUCGUGGGAGACGGCGAGCAUCCUACGCCACGGGCCAGCUUAACGGGACACGACACUCCUGUGACCGCUUUAGUCAUCUCGGCCGAACUUGGUCUGGUCGUCAGCUCUUCCGAAAAUGGUCCGGUGCUAGUACAUACCACGUUUGGUGACCUGCUCCGAACUUUAGAUGCCCCCUCCAAUUUCCGAGGUCCUGAGAAUGUCACCAUGUCCAGAGAAGGGAUCGUCGUUGUGAGCUAUGAAAAAGGGAAUAUUUCUGCUUUCACUAUGAAUGGGAGACGAUUGAGACAUCAAUCACAUCACGACAAUAUUAAUUGUGUGCUGUUGAGUCGAGAUGGAGAAUACCUAAUAACGGGUGGAGACAAAGGAAUUGUUGAAGUUUGGAGAACAUUUUCGUUAGCAUUGCUAUACGCUUUUCCUGCCUGUGAUAGUGCUAUCCGUUCUCUUGCCCUGUCUCAUGAUCACAGAUUUUUAUUAGCUGGUUUAGCCACGGGUUCCAUCGUCGUGUUCCAUAUUGACUUCAACCGCUGGCAUCAUGAAUUCCAACAUCGCUACUGAAGAUACUAUAGAAUUUUUAAGAAACAUAAAUAAAUAACUAGCACCGUGCUUUCGCAUUUGUGUCCAUAAUGCAUUCCGACUAAUAAUUCCAGUCCAUUCAUCUUGAAGUAAAAAAAAUUGUUUUAUUACGACUGCAAUCGAGUAGAUUCCAACUCAUGAAUAUUCUAUAUAUGUUUGUCAUUUAACCAAUAAUAUAUUAAAUAUGAUUACGCUAAUACUUUUAAUAAAAGGAAUAUAAAUUACAAAAUAUAAAA